CCUUUUUUCCUUUUUUCUUCUUUUUUGCCAUUUGCCUGAGUGACCGAGGACCCCCUUGAAAGGGGAAGUGGUGGCCUCCUCUUUAGCCGUGCGGUUUGCAGCAACCCCGGGGACCGACCUGACAAGCAGACCUUUGAUCCUCCAGCUGAGCGGAAACCUCUGUGACCAAGGCAGAAGUGGCUGCUCGAGUAAGAACAAGGAGUACGGAACACAGAACAACUGAUCAGCCUGAAACGAAAUAGGGACAAUGGAGAAUGGAACUAACCAGACCAAUUCUUCUGGAAAAUUGGGGGAAGACACACGAUGCUGGCUGGGGGUGGAGAAUCAGUGAGCGACAGUGGAACUGAUGCCGUCCUGACACUCUGUCCCAUCGAAGACUUGAGCCUCGGCAGAGGGAGGGACGAACCAGAGAGUUGCAGUUCCAGUGAGCCCAGUCUCGAGUGGUCUCCAGGGCGUGACAUCCUGAGCCUCGAAUCCAGCAGUGGAGGAGGAGGGACUUGCAGCCCCGGAACCGGAGGAGAGUCUUUCGGGGGGUUGGGGAGUGAGGACUUCCCCCUCCAGCGAGGGCAUAUCCUGGUGGCCAGCCCCGUGGUGAGUGAGACCGAGGGAGAGGCUGAUGGAGGGGAUGUUGCAGAUUGGAUCGGAGCUGAAUACUUUGAGCUCAGGGAGUCGAUCCGUAAUCCCAGUUUUGGAGAAGAGGAAGAUAUGUGGGCUUACAUGAGCAGGAAGCAGAAAAAAGGGAGGAAAAAGAGGAUGAAGCGUAUUGGGGCGCCUGGAUUACUUCUGCAAGCCGGGCUUGUUGGUACCGGCCGGGAGUCCGCUCGGACACUGGCUCGGGGCGCUCAACCAACUGUUGACCCGGUAGCAGGUGCGUCAAUCAUGGCCCAAGAUCCCCCGCGCUGUUCCUUGCCCACUUUUUUAAUGCCGACUGUCUCUGAGCCCCCUCCCCGGCCUGCCUCUCCUGUGUGUCCACCACUGCAUGCUGCUACUGGUGACCUGCCAAUGCAGACCGUUUCCGAGACUCCUCCCCGGCCUGCUUCUCCUGUGUGUCCGCCACUGCAUGCUGCUACAGGUGUCCUGGUGCCGCCGACUGCUGCUGAAAUGAUGGAUACUGCAAACCUGGUGCUGCCGACUGAUGCUGAGGUGACGUCUACUUGUGCUGAGGAUCCUGGGGCCAGCGUGUUGGCCAAUCCGAGCAACAAAAAGAGAAAGAGUGAGCAUGGCCAUGUUCACUUUGUGAUCCCGGACAGGGUGACCAGAGGUACUCAGACUGAUCCUGUUUUGAUCUCUGCCUACCCCGGGGCCCAUGAUUCCAAUGGGCCCUUUUUUAAGAUUUUUCGGUGUAGGUUGAUAUAUGGACGAUUGAAGAGAACGAAGAUUCACCCUCAAUCCACUGGAAACCCGGGCGUGUGGAAACUGUUCACACACAUCAGGCCUGGGUGUUUCCGAGACUCAUGGUUGGUGGCCCUGACCCAGGACAAUGCAAUAUCCUAUGUUGAAGGGGCCACACUCCUGAGAUCUGUGGAAGCUGUUUCUUUUGAUAACGACGCUGGCUAUAUCCCUGUGCGGAAGGACUGGUAUAUAUCUCCCGGGACCAACAAGCAGUUCCUGGUGUUAUCAGACUAUGGUGGGAACAUACUGGUGAUUAUCCUGGAUAGAAGCACGCUCUAAACAUUGCAUUAUUUUGUGUUUUUGUAUUUUCAUGGGAGGGUGUUGAACGAGAGUAUGUGAAAAUUCAAAAAAAAUAUUAAAAACUAUAUUCCUGCCUUUUGAAAUAUUAUUGCCUUUGAAAUAUUCCUGAUUUUUGAAAUAUUUUUGCCUUUUUGAAAUGUAUUGGUAUUAAUGCAAAAGAACAGCUAAAACUAUACUUCUGCUUUUGACAUGAAUUAACCCAAAAACAGCUGAAACAGCUGAAACUAUAAUGCUGCCUUUGAUUUUGGUUUAUGAGUGCUAAUGUGCCUUUAGAAAUACAAUCAUGCUAAGUUUUUGUGAUACUGAUAUUACUAUAAACAUGCUUAGAAACAUUUUAGUGUGAGUUACUGUGUGAAGCUGCCUGUUUGACCCUGCAGUCAGAAAGAGGAAGUGUCUGCAAGAGGCCUUGGCUGCACAAGUAGUUUUGCGUAACUGUCUAUCUGAACCUGCACAGCUGCAAAAGAGGAAGUGCUGUUGGGGCCUUGUAUACAUGCACUUGAGGGGUUAGGCUCUUGAUGCACACCAGAGGUGAAAAAGGUUACUGCUUUGACCUAUUGAUCAAUGCAGUUGAAAUGAGCAGUUAGAUUGUAUGUUAGAUAGCAACAUGCAUAUGUAUAAAGGAAAUAUUGUCAUAUGAGAUGGUUUUACGUAUAUCCAACCUGAUGCUUGCUUUAAGACUGUAUUAGCAUGUAAGGUGAAUCGAAUGUGUUAAAACACACCUCGCUGUGAUGGGGGGUUGAACCCCAAGAAAUGUACAUAUAAAAAUGGGUGCUUUGUCAGAAAGCUCGCCCGCUCGAUCCCUUGGGUUUGUUUUCUGUUUUGACCAAGACUCUGUCUUAUAGUAAUUUUUGAGUGAUUGAACUCUGUUCAUUUUUUCAUUUAUUUUGUUUGCUUGUUAACUUUUUGCUUUUUCAAAAAAAAUAAUAAAACCACCUGUGUUCGUCUUGAGCAAGUUGACCCAAAAGGCCUUGUGAGUAGGGUUGGGUACCGAAACUCGGUGCCGAUAGGGAACCGGUGCCGACGUAAACGGUAGUAACGAGACCGAAUAAGAACGAAAGUUUCGGUGCCUCAUUUCGUUUCAACUGUCACAUCGUUCCACAACAUUCAUGUUAUUCCCUCACCGUCGGAUAUCGACGAAAGAAAAAAACA